AUGCACGCUGGCGCGGCGGGCGCGGUGGCGCCUGGGGCCGUGGCAAGAAGAAGCGAGCUGCCCGUGACCGUGGCGGUGAUCAAGAAUAUGACGUAUGCUCUUUCUGCCGCCAUUGGGACUUCAAGUACCAUGGGAAUUGGUGCUGCUCUCGGUGCGGAGGCAUGUACCUCGCUGAUGUCGGACAAGAGCCAGGAGAUGGUGGUCAACCUGCUGGAGGUGCAGCUGGCGGGGACGGACAAGGCGGACCCGCUGAUGAUCCUCAACUUCGUGCAGCAGCUGCCGUCCUGCUCGCUGCACGUCCUGACCUACAGAAAGUGCUUGGGGGAUUGGUUCCGCCUCCCCCUCCGCGUGAACCUGAUGAGUGGACCGCGGCUCAGUAUGCUGAUGCUGGCCGCGGAGAUCGAUUUCCAGGCGGCCGAGAAGCAGAAGCGGGACGCCGACGACGCCCUGGGCCGCUUCUCCCAGGAUGCUUGGGUGCUGGCGAAGCGGCAGGGGCACGCGCAGGCCGCCGAGGCCGCCCGCGCUGCCCGCGCCGCCCCUGCGCCUGCCGCCGCCCAGGCCCCGCGGGAGGCAGCGGCGGCAGCCCAGCCUGGCGGGGGCGCGGCUUCCGCCGCGGCGGCCGCUGGCCCAGGCGCCGCGGCGCCCGCUGCUGCUGCUCCUCGGGCCCGCAUGGACGUCGACCUGCCUGAGGCCAACACCGUGGAUGACGCCCAGAUCCGCCAGCUCUGCUUGGACAACAGUCUUCCCUGCGGUCUGGUGGCCCGCUUCGCUGAGAUGCAACGGCAGGUGAAUGAGGGCGUGCCAUCUGAAGUGGGGAGCGACGCAGGAUCCGACCCUGGCGACCUUGCCCAAGAUCGAGCUGACGAAUUGGCGGCCCUUCGCAAACGAUCACUGGAAGGAGCCUUGGCUGACGCCGAUCAGACGCGGAUGGAGAACCUCAUGCUCGAGAAGGCCAGUUCUCGGUCCGCGAAGAAGGUCCGUCGCGUGCAACGGGGCGCCAGCGCCAGCAUCAAGGAACUUGUCAAGCCGGCGGUCGCG